AUGGCCACAGCAGGCGCGGUCGCCGCCGCGACGCCCGUCCGCGUUCGCGCCAACACCCGGUUCCCAACCCGCGUCGUCGGGAGGGUCGUCGGUAAUCGUGGUCGCGUCUCCCUCGUCGCGCGCGCCGCCAAGUCCGCGCCGAAAGCUCCGGCGUCGCCGUCGCCGCCGAACGAGAUCCCGCCGCCGCCGCCGGGAUACUACCCGCCCCAGGGCCCCCCUCUCCCGCUGCCGCCCACCCCCGGGGUGAACGUGGGCGAAGCCGGCGCCCCCGGCGCGCCCCCCGCGUACGGGACGCAACAGGGCUACCCCCCCCAGGGGUAUUACUACCCCCCGCCGCCGCCGCAAAAGAGCGGGUCGAACGGGUUCGUGAUGAUCGGCAUCGGCGCCGCCAUCGCGAUCGGCGUCAUGAAGGUCAUGGAGUUCGCCGGUGGCAAGAAGGGCGACAUGCAGAGCAUGAUGAUGCAGCAGAUGAUGAAGCAGGCGAUGAAGGGCGCGGGCGGCGCGCCGGGCGGCAUGCCCGGCAUGCCGCCGAUGGGCGGCGCCCCGGGGGCGUCGCCGUUCCCGCCGUUCCCGACGCCGACGCCGACGCCGACGCCCGCGGCGGCGGCGGCGGCGGCGCCCGCGGUGGACACGACCGCGACGGCGGUUCCGAAGCCCGCGGCAGCUCCGGCCGCGCCGGCCGCGGCGGCGACGCCGCCCCCCGCUGCGCCGGCGACGCCGCCGCCGUCCACCGCCGCGCCCGGCAGCGGAUCGUUCUUCCAAGACGCCGCGGACGCGAUGCCGGAGCCGAACCCGGCGCCGAACCCGUUCUCGACCCCGCCGCCGAGCGAGGGCGGGGUCGACGACGAGGCUGAUCUUGAGUACAUGCAGAACAUGCUGCGCAACCCGGAGAUGCAGAAGAUGAUGUACCCGUACCUCCCCGAGAUGAUGCGUAACCCGGAGACGUUCGAGAUGCUCCUCACGAACCCGAUGUACAAGGACCAGCUCAAGGGGAUCAUGAAGCAGAUGAAGGAAGGCGGCGGCAACAUGGAAGGGAUGCCGGACGUGAACUCCCCGGAGGUGCAAGAGCAAUUCGCGCAGAUGGGGAUGACGCCGCAAGACGCGAUCGAGAAGCUCAUGGCGGAUCCGGAGCUCGCGAUGGCGUUCCAGAACCCGAAGAUUCAACAGGCGGUGAUGGACUGCUCGUCGAACCCGAACAACAUCAUGAAGUACCAGAACGACCCGGAGAUCAUGAACGUCUUCAUGAAGCUCGCGACGAUGUUCCCGGGCGCCGCGGGCGCGGGCGCGGGGAUGAACCCGAUGGCGGGCGCGGGGAUGCCGGGGGCGCCGCCGAUGGACGCGACGGCGGCGCCGGUCGUCGAGCCUAUCGUCGAAGCCGCGCCCGCGGCGCCGGUCGCGGAGGCGGCACCCGCAGCGGAGGCGGCGCCGGUCGCGGAGGCGGCGCCGGUCGCGGAGGCGGCGCCCGCGGCGGAGGAGAAGAAGGACUAG